UUGUCCCUACAGCUCUCCCAGAGAAGAAUGGCUACUGAAAAUUUCUCUUUUGUGACUGAGUUCAUACUGGUGGGAAUAACAGACCACUCAGAUCUCCAGCUCCCUCUCUUCUUCCUGUUUCUAGCAAUGUACAUUAUCACUGUACUGGGAAACUUGGGCUUGAUAACUCUAAUUGGGCUGAAUUCUCACCUUCACACCCCCAUGUACUUUUUCCUCUUUAACUUGUCCUUCAUAGACCUCUGUUAUUCAUCUGUUUUUACACCCAAAAUGCUGAUCAAAUUCUUAUCAAAGAAGAAUAUUAUCUCCUACCAGGGGUGCAUGGCUCAGCUCUACUUCUUCUGCUUUUUUGCCAUCUCUGAGUGCUAUGUGCUGACAUCAAUGGCCUAUGAUCGCUAUGUGGCCAUCUGUAAUCCACUCUUGUAUAAUAUUGCCAUGUCCCCUAAAGUGUGCUCCAAACUUAUGUUUGGUUCAUACCUGAUGGCAUUUUCUGGUGCUAUGGCCCACACUGGAUGCAUGCUGAGACUGACCUUCUGUGAUGCCAACAUCAUCAACCAUUAUUGCUGUGACAUCCUUCCUUUGCUCCAGCUCUCCUGCACAAGCACCUAUGUCAAUGAGCUGGUUGUGUUCAUUGUGUGUGGCAUCAACAUUAUCGUGCCCAGUCUCACAAUCUUUCUUUCUUAUGGUUUCAUUCUCUCCAGCAUUCUGCAUAUAAAUUCCACUGAAGGUAAGUUCAAAGCCUUCAGUACCUGCAGUUCCCACAUAAUUGCUAUUUUGUUGUUUUUUGGGUCAUGUGCAUUUAUGUAUCUCCAGCCAUCUUCUGCAGCGUCUAUGGACAAGGGAAUAAUCUCUUCCAUCAUUUACACUAAUGUUGUUCCCAUGAUGAACCCCUUAAUCUACAGCUUGAGGAACAAAGAUGUUAAAUUUGCUCUGAGGAAAACCAUGCAUAGGAGAAAUUUUCUAUCAUAA